AUGAGUUUGGAAAACAUCACAGACAACAAUGAUUUUGAAGAAAAUCCAGGUGAAUAUUUGAUUAAUUAUAUUCCAACUGGACUCGGUUUUUUAUGUUUUGGACCAUUCGUUAUUUUGAUGUACACAACUCCAGAUGAGGAAAGAAAAAGUAUAAUUUACCCAAUUUACAAAAUUAUAUAUAUAUUUUUAUCUUGGCUUAUUUUGUAAGUCUAACAUUCUCUGUACUUGUGGCAUUGAUAUUUGCGGGUGGUUGUACGGAUUGUGGCUUCAUUUUAUUGCUAUUCUCUUUAAAGGGUUGGUGCUCCGCCAGGGAAUUUUGCUUGGUUUAGAUAGGAAUAAGGUGCUCCUGGAAGGUUCCAGUUUUAGAAAAAAUUCUAGUAUCAAUUCAGCCCAUGUUUUUCCUCAAAAACACAAGCGAGUUAAAACCUACGAAAUAAAGCAUGUAAAUGCGCUCUAGCCCACAACUUGUUUUUGAAUUUUCGUGUGUGUGUUUGCACACAACUUUGAAAACAACACUGUGACGCCUUUUUGCAGACGAUUUUUUCACCAGGAAAGCACCAACCCUUUAACUCUUUUCCCGCUUCCUCAUAUAUUUGGUGGAAAUGGUAACAAUAUGUUAUUUUUUCUUCUUAUCGGCGUUCAGAGAAUUAUAGUUAUUUUGAAUUUCGAGAAACUGGAAAAAUAUGUACAAGGAAAAUAUUUGAAUCGAAUUCUCACUUUGAUAGUUUUUUGGAUAAUUUCAUUAAACUUUUUUGAUCUUACUAAUUGUUAUAUCGAAAACUGCACAGUUUAUGCGAUGAUGACUGGUAAUUUUGAAUGUACAAAAAGCGGAUCAGCAAAAGUGGUGAGAUCCAAAAAUUUUGUCCACAUAUUCUCAUGUUUUCUGUUCAGGAAUACAAAAUUCCAUUUUAUAUGUCAGCUUGUUCUGAGAUUAUAGUUCCAGCAUUUUCUCUUGCAAUACACAUUAUAUUGCUGUAUGCGAUUCGCAAAAAUCGUCACAUUCUAUCAGAAACUCGAAGGAAAUCAGAGCUUGCUAUCAUUUUUCAAAACUUACCACUUUUCUUUCACUACAUUCUCCGAAUAAUCGGAAUAAUCGUAUUUUUUCUGAUCCAAACACCAGAUCCUUACACUCAAUCUAUGAUCCAAUUAUUGAUAUGCCGAAGUCAUACAAAUUUUAAUUUAUUUCCAAUCACAUACACAAUUUCACAUUGGAAAAGAUUACGAGAUAUGAUGAGUUGUUGUAAAUGUUGUAAAAAUCGAGUUUAUGUUGAAAAUUUAGCGACUACUCUACCAGGAUAA